CCCUGCCGAGAGCUCGGCCGGAAGAUGGCGGCGGCCGCGGAGCUGGCGCUGCUGGAGAAGUCCCUGGGGCUGAGCAAAGGGAACAAGUACAGCGCUCAGGGCGAGCGCCAGAUUCCAGUUCUUCAGAUGAAUAAUGGUCCGAGUCUAAUGGGACUGACUACCAUAGCAGCUCACCUAGUCAAGCAGGCCAACAAGGACUAUUUGCUGGGGAGCACCGCAGAGGAGAAAGCAGUGGUUCAGCAGUGGUUAGAAUACAGGGUAACUCGAGUAGAUGGACACUCCGAUAAAGACAACAUCCGCACUGUUCUGAAGGAUCUUAAUUCAUAUCUUGAAGAUAAAGUCUACCUUACAGGAUAUAACUUCACAUUAGCAGAUAUCCUCUUAUACUACGGACUUCAUCGCUUUAUUUUGGUGUUCAUUGAGGUGAAACUAACCACUGCACCGCCCUAGAGGGAAGUGGAAUAAGAUGCAUUCCCUCGAGUUAAUGGUUCUUCUGUUGUCUUUGGGCUUUAUUGGAACAUGCAGUAGCUAAGAAGCAACGGGACAUUCCCACUAUCUCACUCAUUUUUGUACUCGGUAACUACUACAUUCUUCUAAACUAAAAGCCAACAUAGAAAGGCUGCUGUUGACACUGUGUAAAGAACUAAGACUCACACUUUAUUAACAAACCUGUACAAUUUAUAGCUCUUAGUGGCUGAGAAAAUAAAUAAUCAGUUCUUGAGAGCUAAAGAGCUUCUAUUUACAAAUAAUAGGAAAAGUAGAGUCUUUGAGCACUUUGCUGUUCAAUGCUAUGUAAAUUUUGGUGCUGACGCUGAGUCUCAGUAGAAUACAAUUCAGCGUUCAAGUGCGAAGAGCAGAGACUGGGGAAAUGUACAUCCCUUUGGCUGUGUUGCUUGGAUCACAUACUAGCUGAAUGUAUGACCUAAAGCAAAUCAGUUAACCAUAUUCUCUUAAUCUGUAAAAAUAAAAAUAAAACGUAAAAGGAAAGAUAACUCUAAAUGUUGAGGAUUCGUGGAGACAAUUUAUGUGAAAAAACCUAACAGCCCAUUUCUAUCAGUAAAGGUUUCUCUUUAUAAGACACCCCCCCUCCCAUUUUUGUUCAUGUUACUGAGUUGAGAUUUAACAGGCCAAGAGUAUUGAGUAUAUUGUCAUAGAUCAAGGCAGGAUUGGAUUUCACAAGUCAUUGCAAUUGGGAGCAUCUUUAAUUUUUACAAAGUAGCUCUUGUAUUAGAAACUGUGAAUUUGUAUUUACAUGUUCAGAGACUAGAGGGCUCAAGUUCAUUUUGGAAGUAGUAUGUGCACCAUAGAGGCAGGCCCAGGCUGACUGUUCCUGCAAACCACUGCCCCAGCUGGGCCUGCUGUAAGCCUUCCACCUUCAGUUCCACUGCUGUGAAUUCCUUUAACACUUCUCUGUUCUGCCUGGACCUGGGAGGUAAGCCGAACAGACAGGGUAGUUAAGAAGUGGGCUGGCCAGCCCUCCCAUCCCAACCAUUUCAUUCUCUUCCUUCGGUAUAGGUCAGCUGUGAGGGAAGGGGCAGAGAAUACUGCAUAUACCAAGUGUAUCCUCUUCCCACUUCCACCUCGUGAGUGUUUUGUUUUGUUUUGCCUUGUUUUUUUGGCCACACCCUGUGGCUCCUGGAUCUAGUUUCCUGACCAGGGAUCGAACCCAGGCCCACGGCAGCGACAGCACCGACUCCUAACUGCUGGACCAGCAGGAAAGUCCCCGUCAUGAGUCUUAACCCUCUGCAUCCUUAUAUCUGCUAGUCAGUUCAUUGCAGAGCACGUCAUUGCUUCAACAGGUUAUCACCUUCUGAGUGCCAGGACAAUCUAGGAGGAUGCAGGGGUGGCAGAAGGAGAAAACCCUGGCUCUUGUAGGCAAAGGUUAGAUGAUGUUCUCAGUGCCUAAAUUGAAACAAUGCAUUUCCCUUUAGAAAGGCUGCUGGGCAUCCUGGGUCACUUCCGUCAGGUACUUCUCCUCCUGAAACACCCUUUCUCACUUGAUGACCUCUUCAGUGUUCAACUUUGUCAUGUCCUGAAAGUCAAGUCCACGCUGACCAACCCAUUCUUCCCGGCCUCCCAUUCUGGCACUGAUGUCAUUGUGCUGUUUUUGAUCACCUGUUCUUCCACU